CAAAUGGCAUUUGUACGUAUUCAAUCAAGACUGCGUCAAUCCCUGUUGUUACUAAACCCUUUUCUCACAGAUCGAUCUCCAAUUCUUCGUCUUCAACAACUACAACAACAGCAACAGCUCAAUUUCACUAAAUCCAAUUUUGCAACAGUUAGAGCAAUUUUUACAUCAUCAUCCGCCAUGGUCAAAGCUAUUAGGGUUCAUGAACAUGGUGGUCCUGAGGUCCUGAAAUGGGAGGAUGUUGAUAUAGGAGACCCUAAAGAUGGAGAGAUUAGGGUGAGGAAUAAGGCCAUUGGGUUAAACUUUAUUGAUGUUUAUUUCCGUAAAGGUGUCUACAAGGCAGCUGCAAUGCCAUUCACACCAGGUAUGGAGGCAGUGGGGGUUGUAACAGCUGUUGGUCCUGGACUGACUGGGCGGCAAGUUGGAGAUGUGGUUGCCUAUGCUGGGAAUCCAAUGGGAGCAUAUUCUGAAGAGCAGAUACUUCCUGCAGAGAAAGUAGUACCUGUGCCUUCAUCUAUUGACCCCACUGUAGCAGCUUCUGCCAUGCUUAAGGGAAUGACUGCUCAGUAUCUAGUCCGCCGUUGCUUCAAGGUCGAACGUGGGCAUACAGUCCUUGUUCAUGCAGCAGCCGGUGGAGUUGGAUCAUUGUUGUGUCAAUGGGCAAAUGCACUCGGAGCUAUUGUUAUUGGAACCGUCUCAACCAAAGAGAAAGCCAUGCAAGCCAAGGAGGACGGAUGCCACCAUGUUAUUAUUAGCAAAGAAGAAAGUUUUGUCGAACGUGUUGCUGAGAUCACAUCAGACCAAGGAGUAGAAGUAGUCUAUGAUUCUGUUGGGAAAGACACCUUCGAGGGAUCGUUAGCCUGCUUAAAAACACGAGGACUGAUGGUGAGUUUUGGGCAGUCAUCUGGCGCACCAGACCCCAUACCUAUAUCAGCACUUGCAGUGAAAUCGUUGUUCUUGACGAGGCCAUCACUCAUGCAAUAUACUGGGACACGAGACGAGAUACUUGAAGCUGCUGGUGAGGUAUUUGGUAACAUUUCGGCUGGCAUUUUACGGGUUCGGGUUAACCACAAAUAUCCUCUGUCUCAGGCAGCUCAAGCCCAUUUGGACCUUGAAAGUCGAAAGACCACAGGCUCUGUUGUUUUGAUACCUGAUGGGGUAGAGCUCUAAGUUUGUGCCUGCAAUCUGUGAGCAUCCAGACUAUGCUAUGCUAUGUGCCUGUGGCUUAUAACGAGAAAACAAGUGUUCUAUUUAUGAGUUGAAACACAUAUCCUAUUAUAUGCAAACCUUACUUUCAAAUAAAAUAUUUGGAUAACAAAAAAUCAAGU